GCCACCUUUUCUUCUUCCGGCCCGCGAGGUUGCCCCGUGCCGGCCGUGUGUUCGGCUCCCGCCGGGCAGUGCCAAGGGACAGCAGCCAUGGCGAUGUUCGAGCAGAUGCGAGCGAACGUGGGCAAGUUGCUCAAAGGCAUCGACAGGUACAAUCCUGAGAACCUGGCCACUUUGGAGCGCUACGUGGAGACGCAGGCCAAGGAGAAUGCCUAUGACCUGGAAGCCAACCUGGCCGUCCUGAAGCUGUACCAGUUCAACCCAGCCUUCUUCCAGACGACAGUCACUGCCCAGAUCCUGCUAAAGGCCCUCACCAACCUGCCCCACACAGACUUCACACUAUGCAAGUGCAUGAUCGACCAGGCUCAUCAAGACGAGCGGCCCAUCCGGCAGAUUCUGUACUUGGGAGACCUGCUGGAGACCUGCCACUUCCAGGCCUUCUGGCAAGCCCUUGAUGAAAACAUGGAUCUCUUGGAGGGUAUUACUGGCUUUGAAGACUCCGUCAGAAAAUUUAUCUGCCAUGUUGUGGGCAUCACUUACCAGCACAUUGACCGCUGGCUGCUGGCCGAGAUGCUCGGGGAUCUCACGGACAACCAGCUCAAGGUGUGGAUGAGCAAGUACGGCUGGAGCGCAGACGAGUCAGGCCAGAUCUUCAUCUGCAGCCAGGAAGAGAGCAUCAAGCCCAAGAACAUCGUGGAGAAAAUCGACUUUGACAGCGUGUCCAGCAUCAUGGCCUCCUCCCAGUGACUUGGCCACUUUCAAUAAAGAUCAUUGACCCUUGAUAAA